AUGGAUUCCAAACACAAUUCUGGAGCAAGUAUGAAUUUUGGCUGGAAUGACCGAAGCACAAUCCUGCAUGAAUUCGGACAUGCUUUGGGAUUGGACCACGAACAGCAGAAUCCAAUUGGAGGAAUAAAACUGAACGAAACAGCAGUAUACAAAAGGAGACAAACAUGCCAUUCAAAAGCUAUACGAAAAAUUCAAACCAUCCACAGACGCUCUUGUGUGGGCUGUGAAAUGGAAUGGCAUCGGAAGAAGCAAUAA